AUGUGGUGGCUGAAUGGCUCAGCCGCCGUGGCGAGGGAAAGAGAGUCUGAUGAGCAAGCUGGCGACAAUGUGGCGUUCGUUUCCGUUAAGCCUAACACACGGGUUUUCAUCGGAAUCUUGACCAGCCAGGAGCGAGCACAGCUCGGCCUAGAGCUCACAUUGACCACCAUGGUGCCGGCGCCUGGCACACCGGACGGCUUCUUCCUCUGCGUCUACUGUGACCGCAAGUUCCGCAGUUCGCAGGCGCUCCGCGGCCACCAGAACACGCACAAGCAUGAGCGCGCCGCCAGGCGCAGGCAGGACCGCGCAGUCGCGGCGGUGAUGCAGGCACAGGACGUCUUAUGUUCGGUGUCCGCGGUGAGGAAAGCUGGGAAGGCUGUUGCUGAUUCUGUACGGAAGCAGGAAGACCCCUCAGGCGGCAAUGAAGGCGGGAGCUCUUCGGAGCGCGGCCACGAGGUGGACUUGUCUCUCCGGCUAUAA